GUUCUCCCACGUGACGCAGCCGGGGCGUGGGAGGGAUGUGCUGGGGCGGGAGGGAGGAGUGAGAGCGAGACAGACGUCGUUCGGGCACAUGACACAUCAUGUGACACGACCCGGAAGUUCGCGACACGCCUUGGGCACGGGUGGCCUCUAAGCUGCAUCAGGAUGUUCUCGGCGGGCGCGGAGAGUCUGCUGCACCAGGCCAGGGAGAUACAGGAUGAGGAACUGCAGCGAUUCUGCACCCGGGUCACUAAGCUGCUGCAGGAACCCCCUGGGCCAGCCACCAUGGAUGCCCUGCAGAGGCUCUCGCUCAUUGUCUCAGCCACCAAGUACCCCCGGAGGCUGGAGAAGAUGUGUCUGGACCUGUUGCAGACCACCCUCUGUUUGCCCACAAGCCCCGAGCAGCUUCAGGGCCUCUGUGCCGCUAUCUUGAGAGAGAUGUCACCUUUUGAUGACCUGGCCCUGUCCUGUGAUCACACCCAAAACACCCGUCAGCUCAGCCUCGUGGCCUCUUUGCUGUUGGCCCAGGGAGACAGAAAAGGAGAGAUCAGAUGUGUGAGCCAGCGCAUCUUCAAGAUCCUUGAGAACCGGCAGCCCGAGGGCCCCAGUGUCAGGCACCUCCUCCCUGUCCUGUCCAAGGUCAUUGGCCUGGCCCCAGGCACCCUCAUGGAAGACCAGACCAACCUGCUCAGCAAAAGGCUAGUGGACUGGCUGCGCUACGCCAGCAUCCAGCAAGGGCUCCCGUACUCAGGGGGCUUCUUCUCUACACCCAGGACCCGGCAGCCAGGUCCCAUCACUGAGGUGGAUGGAGCAGUGGCUUCUGACUUCUUCACGGUACUCUCCACGGGCCAGCACUUCACAGAGGACCAGUGGCUGAACGUGCAGGCCUUCUCUAUGCUUCGGAAGUGGCUGCUGCACAGUGGCCCUGAGGACCCAGGCAGUCCAGAUGCAGAUGACAAGUCGGAGCUGGAGGGAUCCACCUUGUCUGUGCUGUCCGCCACCUCCACUGCCAGCCGCCUGCUGCCCCCUCGGGAGCGGCUGAGGGAGGUGGCCUUCGAGUACUGCCAGCGCCUGUUGGAACAGAGUAACCGGAGAGCCUUGAGGAAGGGAGACUCCGACCUACAGAAAGCUUGCCUGGUGGAAGCUGUGUUGGUGCUGGACGUGCUGUGCCGGCAGGACCCCUCCUUCCUUUUCCGCACCCUCUCCUGUCUGAAGGCCCUGCAUAGGAGGCUGGGUGAAGACCCUGGCAGCGAGCGGGCACUGGUGCCCCUUGCUCAGUUCUUCCUGAACCAUGGGGAGGCAGCCGCCAUGGAUGCAGAAGCCAUCUACCAGCACCUGCUCAGCAGACUCCCUUCUGAGCGCUUCUACAGCCCGACCCUUGCCUUCGAGGUCAUACACUUCUGCACACACAACCUGGCUCUGUUUGACCCCCACUUCCUCAGCCUUCUCAGGUUGAACUUCCCUAGUCUGUUCAAGUUCCUGGCUUGGAACAGCCCUCCCCUCACAGCCGAGUUCGUGGUACUCCUGCCAGCUCUGGUGGAUGCUGGCACGGCCGUGGAGAUGUUACACGCACUGCUUGACCUGCCCUGCCUGACUGCUGCCCUGGACCUACAGCUCAGGUUCACACAGACCCCAUCAGAAAGGCCACUUUGGGACGUCUCCCUCAAGAUUCCUAGCUGCCUGGAGGCCUUCCGGGACCCACAGCUCCAAGGACUCUUCCGCCACCUGCUUCGUACCAAGGCCAGCCGCUCCACAGAGAGACUGAUGCCACUUCACCAGCUGCUGAAGCCCAUGGCCAGCUGUGCCCGGGUAACCCAGUGUGCAGAGGCAGUACCCAUCCUGCUUCAGGCCUUCUUCUCAGCGGUGACCCAGUUUGCUGACGGGGCCCUGAUCAACCAGCUGGCGCUGCUGCUCCUGGACAGAAGUGACUCCCUCUACCAGGUCCCUCGGUAUGAGGCCCGUGUGCACAGGGUGCUGAGCUCCCAGCUCCUGGUACUGUGUAAGCUGAAGCCGUCGCUGGUGGUGGAGCUGUCCCGAGAGCUUCUCGAGUUUGUGGGGAGCGUGAGCAGCAUCUGCAGCCGAGCCAGCAUGUUCACCUGUGUGGUGUGGGCCAUUGGCGAGUACCUGUCGGUGACCUGUGACAAGAGGUGCACAGUGGAGCAGAUCAACAGGUUCUUUGAAGCCCUGGAGGCCCUGCUGUUCGAAGUCACCCAGUCCCGUCCCUCGGCCGACCUGCCCUGCUGUCCCCCACAGGUGGUCACUGCACUCAUGACCACGCUGACCAAGCUGGCCUCCCGGAGCCAAGACCUGAUCCCAAGGGUGUCACUGUUCCUGUCAAAAAUUCGGACCCUGGCCCAGAACCCAGCCACCAGCUCUGUGCACAGUGAGGAGGACGCAGAAGCCAUCCGUACCCGGGCCACAGAGCUACUGGCUCUCCUGAAGAUGCCCAGUGUGGCCCAGUUUGUGUUCACACCCACUGCAGGCGUGUGCCAGCCCCGCUACCACCGAGACACCAACACGGCCCUGCCCCUGGCCCUGCGCACCGUCAGCCGGCUGGUGGAGAAGGAGGCUGGCCUCUUGCCAGGUUGAAGGGACAGUCACCACCUGAACACUGGCUACAGCUGAAGAGCCUGAGCGGUCAGCCUGAUGUCAGAGCUGAGCUGCAGGCUUGGGUGACUAGAGGGGGAGGAAGUGGACAUGGCCCUCAAAAUGACAUCACUAGCUCCUGGGGAUGAGUCAUCCAGCCUUGUCCCCAUGGCUGGCCGCACUCAGCCUUGAGCAGCUCAAAGAUGGCUGAGCACCGUUUCCUAGGCUGAGCAGAAGCGGCCUGGUCUGCUCACUGCUGUUAACUCAUUUCUGGAGUUAGGAGCAAGGAGCAGUACAGGAACAAUAAACUUCAUAAAAUUGCUUAUGCUGGGCAGUGGUGGUGCAGCCCUUUAAUCCCAGCACUGGGGAGGCAGAGGCAGGCGGAUCUCUGAGUUUGAGGCCAGCCUGGUCUACAGAGUGAGUUCCAGGACAGCCAGGGCUACACAGAGAAACCCUCAAAAAAUAAACAAUCAAAACUGUAUUUAUGUGUAGGUGCAUACACACACCACAGCACACACACGGAGAGCAGGAGACAACUUUGGAGAGUCCUCUUCUUCAUGGUGUCCUGGCCGAUUGUGUGGCUUGGUAACAACCACUUUUACCUACUGAGCCAUCUUGCCUGCCCCAAAUAAACCUUUAAAAUGCUAUGUACAGCUGAAAUCCUCAGACUGAGAGAUAACCAAGGAGCCUGAGCAUGGCCUGGAGCCCGGCUGUUGCCCUUCCCACCUUGCCCUGUGUAUAGGAAAAUCCCUGGUUCUCCUGUUUGGCUCCAGUGUCCUGGAUGUGACAGAAGUGACAUGCUCGGGAGUCGAGGCUGUAGCUCAGCCAGUGAAGUGUUACUCAGCAGGCACAAAGCCCAGCGUAACCCAGGCAUUGUAGUGCACACCUGCAAUCCCAGCACUCGGGAGGUGGAGGCAGGAGGGUCAGAAGUUGAAGGUCAUCCUUUGCUAUGCAGCAACCUGGAGGGCAGCCUGGGCUACAGAAGAAAUUGGGCCUGGAAGACGACUCAGCACAUAAAAGGCUUUACCACAUAAGCCUGAUGACCCACGUUUGGCCCUGGACCCCAGGUGUAGAGCCAGGUGCUGUGGUGUGUGCGCACCUGCGGAGACAGCGUCCUUUUAAAGCUCACAGGCCACUAGCCUGGGGUAUGCAGAGCAGCGGGAGAACAAGAUGGAAGGCAAGAACCAACUCCCAGAAGGCAUGCUAUGCCUUUUUAUGUGAAUAAGACGUUUUAAAAGCCAAAUAAAAUUCAAGUACUCAGGAGGAUGCAGUGUCCCCCGGGUACACCUGCAGUGA